AUGGUAAAGAAUGCACUAUUCCGGAAGUUCGGCAACGACAGCGACAGAGCCGAUGUAAUGCAUGCUCGGAUGAUGAAUUUGGAAGAAAUGGUGGGUGGUCUCGUUGACAGAUUGUCGGACCAACCGCAACAUCGUUUGCCAGACACACCCCCAGCCCUAACUGCGCCGUCGGCCUUGAGGGAAUCAAGUAUCACAAACCAAGAUCCUCUAACCCAGGGACUGAUAACAUUUACUGAAGCGGAGAUCCUAUGUCAGACUUAUCGACAGAUGUCGGAAAAGCAUUUUCCCUGUGUCAUUCUUCCCCAGAGGCUGGGCGUAGUGGAGCUGCAGCAAGAGCGGCCCAUGUUGCUACAAGCCAUACUUGUUGUCGCGUCAUGGCAAAAAAGGACACUUCAGAUUGCACUCGAGAAGUUUUACUUAAAGGAUCUGGGGACAAGGUUCUUUAAUGGUGAACGGAACUUGGACAUACUGCAGGGUCUGCUGGUAUACUUAGCUUGGUACCACUUCAACGUCACCGAAUCUAGUCAGUAUCAGGCAUAUCGAUUGGCUUCACUCUGUGUUACAAUGAUAUUUGAUCUCGGUCUUAAUAGAAAGCCACUGCGCGGAACGACACAGCAUGAUCUGAUCCUAAAUUCGAAGCCUGAAUCAGAGCAUGUGGCACAUCAGACACCCGGAUUCUGGAGCCACGAAGCUAGGAGGGCUCUAGUAGGAGCUUAUAUUCUCUCUACACUCUGUUCUCUCAUGUGCCGAAAACAGUCACCACUCGCAUUUUCAACCUACUUGGAACAAUGUGCUACCUCGAUACGAGAAGAUGCUGAAGUCUCUUCCGACAAGGCCUUGGUCUAUUUUGUUCAAAUUCUGCGGAUUGUCAAUGAAGUUUAUAACAUCUUUGACUACGGUGAUCCUGACCACAGUCUUUCCAUGAGCGAUGACAAAGUACAAAUGGUGGUUAGAGCGUUAGAUGGCCAGCUCACUUCAUGGAGAGCAAGCCUUUUGCCUGAACUAUCCCAACAUGCACAACUCAAUACCUGGGGAGAUCUUGUAGGAGCAUAUGCCCAUGAAAUCGGGCUCCACGGGAAUCUUCGAAACCCUCCAUUCUCAGCAACCCGCGUGGCCAUUAUGUUCGAUUGCUUGGCAUAUGUAGAGAAAUACAUGAAACGCACCGUAGCACUUCCAUUCGUGGAAAUGCAAACCUGGACUGCAUUCGACUGGCGACAGCUCACUUAUAUGAUUAUGCUAGCAAGCAAGAUAUCCCUAACUAUCGACGUAGUUGCUUGUGAUAAUGAAUCCACGGCUCGUAUCGCUCAACUGGACUCUUAUCUCGGACAGCUUUACACGCGCACCCAGGAACUGUUUUCAAUGACGAGCACACCUCAAGGGCAGACACAUUACUUCCAAAGUCUAUUAAACCAGUGGAAAAGUGUUCGAAUCUGGUACCAAACAGUGCUGCAGAGAAGAACGGCAAGUCACUGCAACAAUCAGCCUAGCCGAAUCAUCAGCGAGGAUCAGUUUGUUUCCUCGGACGACAGCUCAAAUGCAAUGCAGUCUGCACCUAUGCCUUCAUUGGGAUCUUUGGAUUCUUGGCCAGAUGAUAAUUUUGGGUUACUACCCAUAUCGGCAGCUGACUUCAUGAUCCUCGAUUCGCUUGGUUAUUCUUAA